AUGCAUCCCAUAUUCUCCACGCUCUUCGUCUUGUCCCUGGUUGAAGACUUCGUCUGGGCGGCUGAUUCCACUGCGCUUCCCAGAUGGGGUCAAGCUUCAACCUUGGUGGAAAAUGUACUCUUCGUUCACGGAGGGCGCACAGACGAGUUCAACCAGUUCGCGUACAGCUCUGCUCCAGUCAACAACGACCUUCUCUACCUCCCCCUCACAUCUUCGUUCGCUCUAUCCUCCCCACCAUGGCAGCUCUUGUCCAAUCAAGGUCCACAGGUCUCCUGGCAUACCCUCGCGCCAUUCGAUACCAAAAACCUACUGCUCUUCGGAGGUGUGGUCGGCACAGACGUCGAAGAUGUCUCAACCGCCGACUCUGCUGCCCUCCUGGACAUAUCCAACAGUACAUCCCCGUCCUGGAAUAUUGAGGCGACGGCGUGGGCCAACGAACCGGUCCGUCGCAUGUAUCACUCCGCAGUGGAGAGUGGAGGGAAGGUGUACAUUGUCGGCGGAGUAAAGGCAGACGGUUCGGCAAACGCGUUCUCGGAACACUACGUAUUCGACCCUUCCGGCCCCUCAUUUACCCAGCUCUCCACCACAAACAGUCCUCCAGACUUGUACGGUCACGCAGCUGUCAUGUUGUCGAACGGCACCAUGAUUGUCUUGGGUGGAUUUUCCCAGUCUCAAGGUUAUCUCCUCCCGUUCUCGACCAUCUGGACUCUGGAUACCUCCGCCUCAACACCCACCUGGUCGACCCUCAAUGUGGCCACUACAAAUCUUCCCACCCCCCGGCGCGGGUUUGUCGCGGCUGCUGUCGAUGGCGGCAGGGUUUUCAUCCAGGGUGGCGCCACCGGCGACAUGCAGACCGUGUUCGAAGACGGAUGGGUUCUGGACACCACGGAAGACCCCAUGACAUGGACCGCGGUGGAUGCUCUGUCGCAGGUUGGACAACGGCGUGACCACUUUGCGGCGGCGAUCGGUUCGAACGUUUUGUUCGGUUAUGGCUACGGAACGUCUGGUCCUGCCAACACCACCCUGCUUCUCUUUGAUGCAUCCCAAGGGUCGUUCGCAACUUCGUUUACGCCGCCUGCGGCCAUCACGAGUCCCACCACGACCACACUAUCCGACCCUAGCGUGACCUCGCAAACAUCGGGCCCUGGGCACACCGGCUCAGCUACAAACGGCCACAGUUCUUCUCCCUCCUCCACGAACAGCGCGGGAGAUCCCAGUGGGACCGGCGGAGGAGGCAACGGAGGCUCUGAUCCCACGAGCGACCCACAGAAGUCUGGCAAGACUGCCGUCGCCGUCGGUGUCGUCCUUGGUGUUCUCGGCCUGCUCGCAGGAGGUGCCGCUGCGUACUACCUCAGCAAUAAGCGCCGCUCAUCCGACAGGUUCCACCUGCUCGGCGCAUCGGACGACGACGGCAGCCCGCACCUCGGCCACGCGAUCCCCGUCGCGGCUGCGGUGGGCACGCGCGAGAAGAGCGCCCCCACGAUGCAGAACGUCCGACAGAGGCUCGCGGAGUUCGUGCCUGGGAUGUCUACCAUGCAUCGGAGUGGCCGCCGCGACAUGCUCGCGGACGAAGACACGCGGACCUUCGAGCAGACGUGGUUCGACGUCCAGCGCGAGGGCAGCGUGAGCUCGUGGGGGUCGGCCAACCCCAGACGGCAGACGCUCGGCAGCAUGGUUCAAGACUCGCUCGUGUCGCUCCGGAACGUCGGCGGCGCGGUCCUCGCGUACGCUGCGGCCACCACGAAGAAGACGAGAGAGGCUAGUGGGACGUCGUCAGCGACGUACUGGGACGACAGCGAUCCGUUCAACGAGAAGGGGGAGAAGGGUGCGUUCGUGGCCCUCCCUGGCCUGACGCGCGUGACAUCGAGGCCGAAGGGUGGCAGGCAAGGGUCGUACACCUCACAGUGGUCGCAGUAUCAGGACCCGUUCGCAGACUACGAUGUCGAGUCGUUCAAGAUGCCCGAAGAGGACGACUACGACCCCGACGCUGUUGAGCUCUACGGUGCCCCUCGUCUCAACGAUCCACCCCCUCGGUCGAUCAUGUACAGUCGGGUCGCGCCUGCCACCACCGACAUCACGCGUUUCACUCCCCUCUCUGAAAACCCGUCGUUUGGCACGAUCGCAGACAAGGCGGCCUCUGACACCUCGCACACCUCACACACCACGUUGCCCCUCUACCAUCCAUCGUCAUCGGAGAACACCCGCAGCUCUCACGAAACGUUGUCUCGCUCACCCCGCCGUCCGACGUCCAUCUUGGAUGCGAACCCGCCCAUCACGUCCGCCAUGCGCCGUUCCGACAGCUGGUGGUCGCGCUUCACCAAGACUCCGCUCCUGGAUCGUUCGGUGGCGCGCAAGCCCGACUUUGAGUUCCGCGACCCGAACCCGCCACCGCGACUGGUGCCCAUUAAGGAGUCGUCCGGCGGCUCGAGCUCGCUCUCGCCGGAGCCAGUACCAAAGCACAGCUCUCACAACCGCGAGACGUCAAUGUACGCCAGCGUCCACCACGGCCGGUCCGCGACCUCCCUCCAAAGCUCGCGCACGGCGGACACUGCGCAGAUCGACGCGAUGGGCCGUACCAUGGACAUCAUCCAGGGUACUGUGUCGUCGCACCAGUCGGAGGCGAGUGGGGACAGCAGCUCAGGCUCCUUCGGCCAGCUCCGGCCAGGCGAGCGGACAAAACUGGCGCUCACCGUGCCGACGGACGUGGAGACGACAGACGCGGAAAGCAUUGGGUCGUCCUUGACCGAGUCUCCUACGAGUGUGCACUUUGUCCAGUCUCCUGCGCCGAUCGCGCCAGCCGCCCAGUCUCGUAGACCGACUCCGCCAAGAAGGCCGACAGGACAGCACGUCGCUGCGCGGGUACAAGCGUUCGAGCAGAAGACGGCGCCCUCGCCCGUGUCGUCGGCUUCGUCGCUGCCAUCCUCGACGUCGUCCUCAUCACCCACCAAAGGCCACAAGAAGGCGAGCAACAGUGUGUACGGCCUCGCUCCGAGGGCCUCGCUGUUCAUCGCAAACCCCGAUCGACGGCUGUCGAGCGGGGAGUCAUGA